UAUUGGAAAUUAGAAGCUCGAUAAAUUCAUUACAGGAUUGAACCCUUGACUUCCCCCCUUCUUUUCUUCUAAUUUCCCCCCCUUUGUGUGAGCUCUGCUUAUCUGAAGCAGCAAUGGUUGAUGGGUCUGAAGAUACGAGCGAGAUCGAGAAGCUCUACGAGUAUGGCGAACGACUCAACGAAGCCAAGGAUAAAUCACAGAAUGUUAAAGACUACGAAGGUAUAAUAAGAGCAGCUAAAGGAAGCAUAAAGGCAAAACAGUUAGCGGCACAGCUCAUUCCCCGGUUCUUCAAGUUCUUCCCCAGCAUCUCCAGCCAAGCUGUUGAAGCCCAUUUUGAUUUGUGCGAGGAAGAGGAGCUUGGUAUCCGGGUGCAAGCAAUACGUGGACUUCCUCUUUUUUGCAAGGAUACACCAGAAUAUGUUUCUAAAAUUGUGGACAUUCUUGGACAACUUCUUACAGCUGAAGAAAAUGUGGAGCGUGAUGCGGUGCACAAAGCCCUUUUGUCUUUGUUAAGGCAGGAUGCAAAAGCUUCUUUGACGGCCUUGUUUAAGCAUAUUGAGAGCACCGAUGAACCAAGUACUGAUGAAAGUAUACGUGAAAAGGUUCUGAAUUUUGUUAGGGAUAAGGUCUUUCCCCAAAAAGCUGAACUUUUGAAGCCUCAAGAGCAAAUGGAAAGACAUAUAACUGAAUUGGUGAAGAAAAGUUUACAAGAUGUGACUGGAGCAGAGUUUAAAAUGUUUAUGGACUUCUUGAAAAGUUUGAGCAUAUUUGGAGAUAAUGCUCCCCCAGAGAGAGUGCAAGAGUUAAUUGAGAUUAUUGAGGGACAGGCAGAUCUAGAUGCCCAGUUCAAUGUUUCAGAUGUUGAUCAUAUUGACAGAUUGAUUUCAUGCCUCUACAUGGCUCUUCCAUUCUUUAUGAGGGGUGCAUCAAAUAGCAAGUUUCUUAACUAUGUGAACAAGCACAUCAUACCUGUUUUUGACAAGCUUCCUGAAGAAAGAAAACUUGACUUGCUCAAGAACCUUGCGGAAAGUUCACCUUAUACGUCACCACAGGAUUCACGUCAGCUUCUUCCUUCUAUUGUUCAGCUUUUAAAGAAAUACAUGCCUCGGAGAAAGGCUGGAGAGGAGAUGAACUUUACUUAUGUUGAAUGCUUGUUAUACACAUUUCACCAUUUAGCGCAUAAGACUCCUAAUGCCACCAAUAGUCUCUGUGGUUAUAAGAUAGUGACUGGUCAGCCAUCAGAUAGGCUUGGAGAGGAUUUUUCGGAGUGCUACAAAGAUUUCACUGAGAGGCUGAGUAAUGUGGAGGAAUUAGCUAGGGCUACCAUGAAGAAAUUAACUCAGGGGAUGGCGGAACAUGGCAAGGCAAUGGCAGCUGCUAAGACUGAUGAAGCAAAGGCUAGCAUUAAAACGAAAAAGCAGAAUACCACAACAGGAUUAAGAACCUGCAAUAAUAUACUGGCAAUGACACAGCCACUGCAUUCAAAAUCACCUUCAUUUGCUGGGGAUAAGAAAAUCAAUUUGUCAUGGAAAGAAGCAGUGAAACCGUCUACACCUUCAACUGCUGCUGCGGCAGGUGCAAAGCGAAUGGCUACUGCCACUAAUGGUUCAGGCAACUCUGCAACGAAGAAAGGAAGAGGUGAUGGUGGUGUGCAGCACCAGCUUGUCAACAGGGCAUUGGAAGGGUUGUCUCGUGGUGGAAGAAGUAGUGGAAGAGGCAGGGGGUGGGGUGGACGUGGAAGAGGAAGGGGUUAUCGCUAAGGCAUACUUAUAUGCGGAAGCCCUCGAGUGUAUUGGUUCUCUUCUGUUUGUAUUGGGCCUCUUUGAAUUUUGAUUUCUUUACUUAGAAGCUGAUUAGAGGUUUAGUCAAAAAGAAGCUAACGAAAGAUUUAGGUUCAUUUUGAACUAAAUAGCUCUUUGUUAAAAUGUCUAAUUAGAUCCAUUUAUGAGGGAUUGGAUUGUGUUCCCAAUCCCAUCUAAUCAACCUGAUUACAGCAGCAGCUUGUAAAAGAAAAGAAAACAAUUAGAAGAAUGGGAUUGAUACUUUUGACAUCUUCUCCUGUUUUGGAUUAAUUGUUUAUUACUAUUCAGGAAGCAA